AUAAAGGGCAGCAUCAUCCGGGUGGCCACAGUCCAUCCUGCCCGGGCAGAACUCGGGUCUCUCCCAGAACCGGGCACGUCCACACCUUGGGAAGAAACUCGGGGCAGUGAAAGGAGCCGUCACCUCCCCUGGCUGGGCUGGGACUCAGCGGAUCGCAAUGAGCACCCUGCGUCUGAAGGAGAAGCUGCAGGCCCUCCAGUGCCACUUCACCUGGAACUUUGAAAUCAGAGACAAGGUAGAUGCAGCUCACAUCCUCCAAACUCUGGCUCUCAGGAUUGCCCACACUCACUACCAGAACCAGCCCGCGCUCCUUGCCAUGCAGGCUUAUUUCUGCCACCUGCAAGGGCAAUAUGAAGACGCUCUGCAAAGCCUGAGAGAAGCCGAAGAGAUUCUGCAAAGAGAUCAUCCAGAUAACUUCCCCCGGCAGGUCCUGGUCAUUUAUGGAAACUACGCCUGGAUCUAUUAUCACUUGGCCCACUAUGAUUUGGUUGAGUUUUACCUGGACAAGGUUAGAAAGAUCUGCAGCUCCCUGAAGAGCCGCUCUCCACAUGCAGCUCAGAUCCCUGAGAUACAUGCACAGAAAGGCUGGUCUCUCCUGGCAGCAGGCUUCCGUAAUGGCAUUGAAGCCACAGAGUGUUUCCAAAUGGCAUUAAGAGAAGACAAAGCAAAUGGGGAAUUUCUUGCUGGGUUGGCAAUUGCGGUCUUUGCAUCAUGGACUCACUCACACAAGCCUGUACAUCGGGAAGCAGCCAAAAAGAAGUUGGCUGCCAUUCUCCAUGAACAGCAGCAAAACUAUGAAGCUAAGGUGUAUUUAGCCAAGAUCCUGAAGAGGGCAAAUAGACAGGAAGCCGAAGCCCUCUUAGAAGAUGUUGUUCAGAAUAGCCUGGACCCUGAGGUCCUGAGAAAUGCAGCCAAGUUCUUUCAACCAGAAUUCCCAGAACAAGCAAUUGCUAUCCUACAGCGAGCAAUCUCACUGAACCCCACUUACCAUCUCCUUCCCUAUGACCUUGGCGUCUGCUACAAGAAACAGCUGGAGAAGGCCAAGUCAGGCAGAGAAGAAAUAUUGGCAGCAGCUAUUGAGGCCUUCAAAAAGGCUGUGCAGAAAGAUCCAGCCUCUGUGUUUUCAAGGCUGGCUUUAGCUGAAAUGUAUGGAGAAAACACACCUCACUACCAAGAAGAGAUUUAUCUCAAUCUCCUAAGUGAAAUGCCCAGCCUCAGCAAGAGGUGUCAGCAGGCAGUCUACCUUCACUGGGGGGAUUUCCUCUUCUACAAGCAGAAGUCAGUGUGGGAGGCAGCUAAGAUGUACAAAGCAGGUUUCACCAUUCCAGACAACUACCUGGAGAGGCCACAACUGAAAAGCAGGUUGGAAGAGGUGGCAGGAGAAUUCCAGCAGAGCUCCCAGACCUCUGAGGCUGAGGCCAUACGUGACUUCAUUCAAGAGAAUGAAAGUCCGUGGUACAUGGGGAGAUCCACUGGUGGCAACAACAGAGCAGGAGACUGAAGAUGUGGAGAAAACAGGGGAUCCUUUCCCUUCUCUGGACACAGCAAGACCUCCUUCUGAAGCAAGUCACUUUCCCCACCUGUGUAACAAUGACGUUCGGGUUGCAAAUGAUUCUGGGUCCCCUGAAUAGUUCAGACCACGGCACAUCCUGCUGCUGCUUCUUAUAAUUAUUAUUAGCUACGUGUCUUGUAAAGAACGAGGCCCCUUAAUUAAAUUGGGCAGGCUUGGGACAUAUCCAUGUCAGGUGCGUGUACAUAAUUAAUAAGGGUUAUGUGUAGGUUUUUAUUAUGUGAUGGUUGUCAUAUGUUUAUGUGUCCUGAGAUUGUCCAUGAACAUAGGAUUUGUGAAGUUUCAGUUCCCUGCAAAAGGCACAGGGCGGGACUCAAAGAAAGGAGUGCCCUAGCAAUGGGAAGGGUAUAUAGGAAAGCCGGUGGGGUAGGGAUGGGGCUCUUUCUCAGGAGACGGAGAAGGUUGCUGCCUGCUGAGCUGUGACUUUAAGUACAGCAGCAGUCAGGACCUCUCUCUCCGUAACAGCAGGGACUAGCUGUCAGCCUGUGACAGCUGCUGCUACCGGUGAGUGUGUUGUUGUCAGGGUUUGUUGUUUUGUUGGGGAGCACACUCGCAGACGCUUCGAGGAGGCUCUUACUAGCAGUCACAACGGCACAAAGGGGUUAGGGUGGGAAACUGGUGUCAGGGACGCUCACCUGAACUCCAUCGUCAGCGGUCCUUGUCAGAGGAGGCGUCUGAUCCGGCUCAGCUAGGAAUCAAUCAUCCAGCCGUGUCACCUGUGGAGAAGUUAAGGUAGAAGGUUUCCAAUGACCACCUCGUGUGCUUGCCUGCGUGUGAAUGUUAAGUUAAGGUUCUAUUGUUAUUCCCCUCCCUUCCCUUCCUCCCUUUACAUCCUCCCUCACUAAUUAA